AUGCAGUAUCUAAUCUCCUUAUAAAAAAACCUACAAACUGAGAAUGUUUUUUUAAGUGCAACUUUGAAUUUUCGAGAUCAGAAUGUUGAGAUGAGCUACAAGAACUUUUAAAAGAAGUUUAAUGAAGGGACAUUGAUCUUAAUGGAAUCCUUCAAAUUGUUUUUGGAAUUCGCCAUCACAAUUUCAGCCCUCAUUUCGGAUGACCAAUCGAUUUACUCGUCAAUUCUGUUCUUAUUUCCCAUUUCAAGUCUAUUAUAAAUUUGGAUAAUUCGUAAGAACUAAAAGUGCAAUGAUUACUGGAAAAUUGGACACAUACUAGCGCUGUUCCUGUUUUUAGCAGCCAACAAACAACCCUAUUUGAUGCGAGGAUCGGUGUCCUUGUAUUGCAUCUACAUGACUUAGAGUUUAAAUGACAAGAAAUAUGUCAUAUUUUACUUUUCAAUAAUGUAAGUUACAUUCUAAUAUUUUGACUAAUUUUUUGACUGGGUUGUUUUGCCCUUCCAAUGGGCAUUCACUCUGAUCAUCACUCUCAGCAUUUAUGCUAGGCAAAGAAGAGAACUAGUGCAUUACUACCACAAAUUCAAAUCCAACACUGAUUUAUCCUAUCAGGAGGUCGUGUUGAAUCAUAGUCUGCAGUAGAAUCUCUUUAUAGUUAGAUUGUCUCAAGAUUAAUCAAAACGAUUAGUAGAUUAUUUCGAAGUGCUUUUUGCUAAUCAAGCAUGCAAAAAGGAGUUCGCAUAAAUAGAUAAUAUCUUCCAUCGAACCACACUCAUUAACAUCAUCAAUUGUAACGAAUCGAACCUCUCCUAUUACAAUUUGAAGGUCAAUUUCAGCUACGAACAAAUUUGCAAUAACUACAAGGGAUCUACUGGUGAAUAGAUCAACAUGGUAGACAAACCCAUAUACUUGAAUCAAAUUCUCUAUUAAUAUAUAGUAAAUUAUCAGAACAAGGAGUUGUAAGAGAGUCUCCCUUUGAAAUUGACUGGAUUGCAGAAUAACCAAACCUUCGACAUCCUAGUCUCCCCGUGCAUUUGGAAACAUGAGAGAUGCUUUAUCAUUUCCUUGAUUGAUUUGACUGACCGUAUGAAGAUUUCCCAAUUGGAGAAGUUGGAUCAAUACAAAGACAGUGUUCUGGCCACAGUGAGUCAUGAUCUGAAGAAUCCAAUAUGCGUAAUUCAAUAGAUGAUCACUCUCAAUGUGGCCAUUUAACAGAAGGUCUAAUCUUGUUGCAAUUAUUUGUAAAUGUGUUAGACCAAUGUGCAAACUCUUCAAUCAUUUGUCAAUGAUCUAUAAGACUUUGCCUAAAUUAAAUAGCAAAAGUUGAAAUUGGUGGUCAGCUAAUUUGAAAUUUCUAAUCUUGUUUAGGAGAUCAAGAAUGUUUUUUAAAUUUAAAUUUAAAAGAAAAAUCUUGAAUUGGAAAUCCAAGUCAAUUUGAAACCAAAUCAAACUUAUUACAAUGAUCCAUUGAGAAUCAAAUAAGUGUUGUUCAAUCUGAUUUCCAAUGCAAUCAAGUUCACUUCCAAGGGAAAGAUUAUGGUUAAGUUCUCGGAUGACAUCAAAGAAAUCUUGAAAUUUUGCAAAGCCAUCAAAGAACAAAUAGAUUCUAACAAAAGUAUUGUAGAUGUGGGGAUACUGUUCAAAAACAAAUCAAGCAUCUUCAUUUGCACAGUUACUGAUAAUGGAAGUGGAAUGAGUUUGGAAAUCCAACGAGGCCUCUUCAGAAAUUUUGCUACCUAUGACAAUGAUAGUAACAUAAACAAAAAUGGUGUUGGACUCGGUCUUAUCAUUUGCAAGCAACUUUGCGGCUAUAUUGGUCCAUUACAGUACAUGUAUUUAAGAUCCCAAUCAGGAGUUGGUUCAACUUUUUAAUUUGCCAUUUAUAAAAAUUAUGAUAAACAACAUCGCUAUGAUUAUUCAGGUGAUUAAUCUAGCAUCGAUUCUAUCGAUUAUGAUAUUUCAGUACAAUCCCCCUAUAAAAAUAUAUUCAGUACUCGUCACAUAACUCCUCUAUGCAAAUAGCAACGAAUCAAAGAAUUGCUGCAAGUGUUGAUUGUUGACGAUGAAACAUUCAAUUGCAUAUUGCUGAAACUACAAUUAACUAAAUUAGGCAUUCAUAAUUUGGAUGUGGCCUAUAAUGGACGAGAAGCCAUAGAAAUGUCAUAGAGAAAAAUAUACGACAUUGUAUUUUUAGAUGUCAACAUGCCUGGCUUGAAUGGAUUCCAGUGCAUCCAGGAUAUUAAAAAUACCAAUAGCGAAAUUAAGAUUUACAUGCUCACAGCAUUCAAUGAUCUCUAAACUCACUAGAUGUGUUUAGCUGCAGGAGCCGAUAAACUUUUAUCCAAACCACUUUCUUAAAAAUAGCUUGAACUAUUGUUGAAUUGA